CCCGCUCGAUACGCACCGCAGAGCGCCUGGAAGCGACCAGAGGCAAGCUGGUCUUCGAUGCGGGCUGCCGCGACGCGCGCUGGCUUUGCUUCCGGGUCGGAGGGCGAGCGCAGCGAUUGGCUUCCGAGGUCUCCCGCGAGGUUUGAAAUGUACUCGUCUGCGGCUACGGCGGCGGCUGCACCUGAGGGGCGGUCCUUGGGGGAUCUUUCUGCACACACUAGCUUGCGCCUUCGGGUCUUCCUGUAACCAGCCUGCCAUUAAGAAUGCUGGCAUAUUUAUUGUCUCAUUGACUCACAACGGACUGGAAGAUAAUGGCUGUGCUUAAUCAGAAGUCUGUCUUGGAUAUGAUUAAAGAGUUUCGAAAGAAUUGGCAUGCUCUUUGUAACUCUGAGAGAACUACUGUAUGUGGUGCAGACUCCAUGCUGUUGGCAUUGCAGCUUUCCAUGGCGGAGAACAACAAGCAGCACAAUGGAGAAUUUACAGUCUCUCUCAGUGAUGUUUUAUUGACCUGGAAAUACUUACUCCAUGAGAAAUUGAACUUACCAGUUGAAAAUAUGGAUGUGAUUGACCAUUAUGAGGACAUUAGGAAGAUUUAUGAUGAUUUGUUGAAGAAUAGUAAUAUGUUAGAUCUGAUUGAUGUUUAUAAAAAAUGUAGGACUCUGACUUCUAAUUGUGAAAAUAAUAACAGAAUAUCCCCUACUCAACUACUGGAUUUUCUGUCUGGCACACAGUAUGCAGUAGGUGGUGAAACCGAUCUUUAUAUACCAAUAUCACCAACGAGUAAAUAUACCCAGGAUAAUGAAAAGGUGCAAUGGCUAGCAAGGAAAAUUAUCUUUUCGUAUUUAAACCUGCUAGUGAAUUCAAAGAAUGACCUGGCUGUGGCUCAUAUUCUCAAUAUUCCUGAUAGAGGACUAGGAAGAGAAGCCUUCACUGAUUUGAAACAUGCUGCUCGAGAGAAACAAAUGUCUAUCUUUUUGGUGGCCACAUCAUUUAUUAGAACAAUAGAGCUUGGAGGGAAAGGAUAUGCACCACCACCGUCAGAUCCUUUAAGGACACAUGUAAAGGGAUUGUCUAACUUUAUUAGUUUCAUUGACAAAUUAGAUGAGAUUCUUGGAGAAAUACCAAACCCAAGCCUUGCAGGGAGUCAAAUAUUAUCAGUGAUAAAGAUGCAGCUGAUUAAAGGCCAGAACAGCAGGGAUCCUUUUUACAAAGCAAUAGAGGAAGUUGCUCAGGAUUUGGAUUUCAGGAUUAAAAAUAUUAUCAAUUCUCAAGAAGGUGUUAUAGCUGUUAGCACUACUGACAUCAGUCCUGCUCGGCCAAAAUCUCAUGCCAUAAACCAUGGCACUGCAUACUGUGGCAGAGAUACUGUGAAAACCUUACUAGUUCUUUUGGAUGAAGAAGCAGCUAGUGCUCCUACCAAAAACAAAGCAGAGCUUUUAUAUGAUGAGGAAAACACCAUUCAUCCUAAUAGAAUUUCUGUUCUUACACUUUUUAGGUCUCCCACACGAGUGAAUAAUUCAAUGAAACCCCUAAGAGAGCGCAUCUGUAAGUCAAUGCAAGAGAAAAAAAUUAAGAUGAAGCAAACCUUAAUUAGAUCCCAAUUUGCUUGUACUUAUAAAGAUGACAACAUGAUUAGCAAGGAUAAUUGGAAGAAUAUUAAUGUAGCAUCAAAGCCUUUGUGUGUUCUUCAGAUGGAAAAUAACCUUUCUGAGGGCAUAAAUUCAUCCAUUGGAAGAUCAACAAUUGGAAUGAGUUUUGGAAAUGUUCAUCUGGACAGAAGUAAAAAUGAAAAAGUGUCAGGAAAAUCAAGUAGUCAGACAGGAAAUAAAAGCUCAAAAAGGAAACAGGUGGCUUUGGAUGGUGAAAAUAUUCUCUGUGAUAAUGGAAAUGAACCACCUCAACAUAAAAGUGUUAAAAUGCCUAAGAAAUCAAAUGAUUCACAGAAUAAAUUGUAUGGCAAACUAGCUAAAGUAGCAAAAAGCAAUAAAUGUACUGCCAAGAACAAGUUGAUUCCUGGCCAGACAAAGUUAACUCAGUUUUUUAGACUAUAAGUUUGUGUAUUAUAUGCUUUAGGUUUAUGCAUAUAUAAAGCCAUUCACCAAAGACAUUCUUAAUUUUUAAGAGAUCAAGGUGUAAAUUAUGAUGCUUUAUUAUAUUGGUCUAGAGUGUAUGUAAGGUUAGUAUGUUAAGCAUUGUUCAAAAAUACUAAUAAGUCAUAAUUAUGCAGAAUUUUCACAAAGUUUAAUGCACAGAAAAAGCAUAUCAUUUCGGUUACUGAUAUAUCUUAACACUACUUUCUUUUAAAUCAGACAUUUAACAUAAGACACAAGUUAUAGUAGCAUUACAGGCUUCUCUUCCCAUUGGCAAUUAAAUGCUUCUAUUUUCUUCUGAAAAGAUGAUGUGGACCAACAGGUAUCAGAUUUGCCAACAAGGUCGGUAGACUCUUCCCAGCAUACAUCUGAGCACUGAAGAAAGAAGAAAGUUUAAAUUGUUAAAAGGAUUAUAAUUAUCACACAAAAUUUAUUAAGAAAAAAAAGAAUGGAUCUAGUACAACUAAUUCUGAGUAAACCAAACUGUUAAUAACUAAUUAAAUGCUUUUUAAUCCCACAUUUUUGGCAGGUGUAAUCGAGCCACGGUCUUACUUGAUUUUGUUAUGAUUGCAUCCAAAUUCGCUUAAACUCAGAGUUCUGUUUAAUGGUGGAAGGAUGUAAGAAUUGAAUUUUGAAAAGACUACUCACUGUCAAAAUCUCUCCUUCCUAUAGGAAAUUUAGCUGAGUUUUCUUCAUCCCCAAUUUCUCUCUUUUCUUGUGUUGAUUCAGUAUUCUGAACUCCAUUCUCAGCUGGAAAAGCUACAGAUCCUUUUAGUGCAAGAUAAGGUUUUAUAGCCAGAUUCAGUGGCAGACCAUGAUUUAAGAAAUUAUGUUUGGAGCCUGUGUUCUGUAAAGAGAAGGUUGAUUUGUUUUUUAGCUAUUAUAUUUGGAGUGGAACUAUAAUACAAAUGUAGAAUAUUCUUGUUGAUCAAUUCAAAGAUGCUCUGUACUGUUUUUGACUCUUUAAAAAAACCUUAUAUGCAAAUUUAUAGGAGAAAAAAUACCCUUUUAGAUAAGAGGUUCUCCAGGAUGGAAGAACUACCUGGCAUAUAAGAAAUAUUGGCAGUUAUCCUAAUACAUAUUGUGACUGUUUACAUAUAUUUCUGUUUAUAAAUGUAUCAGUUUUUUUAUAAAAGUAUCAAUUUUCAGAGGAUUUGUAAGAAUCAUUUAAAUUUUCAUUGAAAUAAAUGACAAGUCACAGUGCCACUUA